AUGCACUAUUAUGGGGAGACGUAUAAGCACCUCUACCUGCCGGGAUCAAGCUAUAUCACCGAAAGCAUCCAGCAGUGCAUGCCCCAGUCUGAUGCGUGCAGUACCACGUGCCACCCAGUGAGCGUGAUCAAGAGCCCGAUGCCGAGAUGGCAAAGCUAUGCCCAGCCUUUCACUUACAUCUGCCCACAGCCAAGCAUGACCCAGGCAUCCCUGCUGUCUUGCCAGCCCUACGUACAGCAGUGUGUCCUGUCAUACCCCGAGCCUUGUGAGACCACUUGCCUUCUGCCCUGCAGGAAGCCCAGCCUGAAGCUAAGCACGAUGCAGAGUUUCCAGCCCUGUGAGACCGGCCGCUCCGAGAAAAAACGUACGGCCAAGAGCCUCCCACCAUGCGCACCCAGGUGCCCAGAGCCGGGCAAACUCAAGUUCCCACCGUGUGGGAUCAAGUACUCGUCUUCAUGCAAGGACGAAUGCAGGUCACAGAAGAUAUCCAAAUGCUCGUCGCAGAGGUACGGUGCGGAGCUCCGGUCCCAGCAGGGGAUGACCAGCGGCUAUUCCCCACCGCUGCAGGGAGUCACCGAGUGCCCCCCGCAGCAAUGCAUCUCCCAGUCUUUCCUGCAGGAGUACGUGAAGGGGUUCCCCCAGCAGAAGUACAUGAAGGGCUACCCCACGCAGGAGUGCAUCACCACCUACUCCUCGCAGCAGUGCGGAACCAAGUGCCCCCCUGGGCAGGCAAUAAAGGAGUGCUCCUCGCAGCAGUGCGGAACCAAGUGCCCCCCCGGGCAGGGAAUAAAGGCAUACUCCUCGCAGCAGCACAUAGCCAAAUGCUCGCUGCUGCAGGAGGGAGCCAAGCACAAGAGCUCAUCGACACAACACCUGAGCAAGUCCAAGUGCCUCUACCCGCGGGCCGCCCAGCACUCGGCGCAGCAUCAUGCUGGGGGAGCGAAACACUCGAGCCACUCCAAGAAGACUCGCUGUGCUUCCAAAUGGCUGUGGUAA